ACAACUGGUUCGAGGGCAUCCACCGCUUCAUGGGCUGGCUGGCCAUUCUCCUGUUCUGGGCGCAGGCCAUGCUCCUUACGGCCGACGCGACCCAACUCAGCGGUAUCCCCUUCGGCAGCGCCCUGCUCGUCUCCCCAAAUUUCUGGAUGCUUGUCGUCGUCACCCUCCUGGUCGUCUACCCCUGGACGCGCCUCCGCCUGCGCGACGUCGAGGCCGAGGUGCUGUCCCCGCACUGCGUCAAGCUCAGCUUCCGGUACCGUAACGUGCACUACGGCCAAGCCAUCCGCCUGACCGACGCCCCGCUCAAGGAAACCCACGCGUUCGGCGUCAUCCCCUUUCCCUCCGCAUCCCCUUCGACCCCAACAAGCCACUGCCCAGGCUGCACCUGCCACACCACCACCAAACCCACUCCUUCCCUCGACGACGACAAGACCAGAACCGACACCAACAACAACCUCUCCCUCGCCACAAUCAAACACCACGCCCUCACCACCCCACCCCGUCCCCCUUUCUCAUCACAACAACAAGAACCGGGCGGCAAAGGCUUCUCCGUGCUCGUCUCCAACGCAGGCGACUGGACCCGCAACCUGAUCGCCCGUCCCCCGCGCAAGAUCUACACGCGCGGCACCCCGCAAUUCGGCGUCAUGCGCGUGGCGGGCCUGUUCUCGCCGUGCGUCGUCGUCGCCACGGGAUCGGGCAUUGCGCCGUGUCUGAGCCUGUUCGUCCAGCGCCCGAACCAUCCCGUCCGCAUCAUCUGGUCGGCUAAGGACCCGGUCACGACGUAUGGACGGGAUGUGGUGGAGUUGGUGUACCGGACGGAUCCGGAGGCGGUGGUUAUUGAUACGGGAGUUAAGGGUAUGGGUCACAGUGGGACUAGGCCGGAUUUGGUGAGGUUGGCUUAUAGAGUUUGGGAGCAGGGGAGGGUCGUUGGUGAUGGUGGUGAGAGUAGAGGGGAGAGGAAGAAGGGGGAGGCGGUGGUGGUUAUAUCGAAUCAGAAGGUUACGAAGAAGGUUGUGUAUGGGUUGGAGUGCCGGGGAGUGCCGGCGUAUGGGGCCAUCUUCGAUUCUUGAGGACUGUUGUUAUCACCAUGGCUGUUUCUUUACUUGCGUGGGUGGUAAGAUUGGCUUUGGCUGGCGGGAGGGACUUUGGCGUGUCUUGUUAUCCGGGGUUGAUGGCUUCGAUCUCACAUUGCUGCUGCCGUGCAG